AUGUGGUAUUAUAAGGAUACACUAAUCACUGGAUUCUUGGUCACUCCACUAUUUGGCAUUGUAAUUCCGUCUGCCCUGUGUUACAUUUUGGUGAUAUUCCCAAUGAAAAAGAAAGCUUACCAAAGUCUUGCAUUUUUUGCCGGUGAUAAAAUCUAUACGAACAGAGAUCAAAAUGAAAGUCCCGCAUAUAUUCAAGUUUGUGAUGAAAGUGCAGUGAAAUUACUGAAAAGUACAUCAACCACACUUGGAAUUGUAUUAUUUUCAAUGAUAAUUUUGUUGAUUUUUCCACCAUACGCAUUCAUAACUAAAAAUGAUAUUCAAUUACCAAUUCCGGUUAUUUUACCAUUCACUGAUCUUGAGUCGAAAAAUGGAAUCACCCUUAAUAUGGCAAAUCAAGUGUUCAUUGUUUUGAUUGGCGCAACUGGAAACAUUGGCAUUGAGAUUAUCACUUGCAUUUUGAAGAACAAUGUAUGGGCAAGUACGGUCGUGAUUUGCUAUUCAAUCGAUGAGAUUUCUGAAUUCAUUGAACAUCCCGAAGGAGAUAUGAAGAGAUUUAUUGAUUUGAAAUUUCGCAAUAUUUUAAUUCAAGUUCAAGACCUAGAUCGUUUCAUCCUGGGACUAUCUCAGUUGUAUUAUUGGAAAUUUUUCCUCCAACCAAUUAUGUUGACGUUUUCUGUAUCGUUUGCUAUUUUCUUCUAUUUAUAUGGUGAUUGGACUAGUGGUUUGGGCACUGCAUUUCUUACUUAUACACAAUUGUAUAUUUUAUGUGACAUUGGAAAUGAAGUUGAUUUGGCUAAUAAAAUGUUGGUGCUGAAAUUCCAAAAGAUGCCAUGGCAUCUAAUGUCGAAAGAGAAUCAAUUGAGGUAUGCUCACAUGCUGAAUCGAUUACAAAAUGGAGCUGUUUUACGUAUCGGACCUUUUGCGGAGUUAAACUUUGAAACCUUUUCUGAUGACAAACCGAAUUUAUUCCGUUUUGACGAUGCUGGUUAGAUUUACAAAGUGAACAUUUUUUUCUAAACAUUUGAGAAGGAAAUUCAUAAUGAAAUCCCUUUUUGCAUAUUGUUCUUGGCACCAAAAAAGGCACCCUAAGUAUUUCUGCACAAGUGUAGUACAAUAUAUCUCACUCAAUAUUAGUCAUGCAUAUUGAAAUUAUCUCAAGACACUUUGGACGAUAUGUCUAAAAUAACUGGUUAUCAAGUAACAUAAUAGGAUCCCAUAUGUCAUUCUAUAAUGGAGCAAGAGUUUCAAAUGAAUA